CAUUGGCCAACAGAGUUCAGCUUGCUUACAUCUUUAACGCCCAUUGGUGCGAAUUGCGGAAGGCUUUACGCGAAUAUCCGUCUGUAGUUUUGUAUCUGUAGUGUUACAGUGCGUAAAAGCACUUAGAAAAACUACACUUCCCUGCUGUAAAAACUAUUUGCGUCUCUUUCAAACGCAGAAGGUCACACGCACGCUUUAGAACAACGGAGAUGCUAUUAGAAAGCUGAGGAAGAAAUGUGCACCAGUGAAUAGAGGUACAGCAACGUUAUACAGGUCGCCAGUAACGUCACAGUAUAAACAAGAGCUGAUGCUAAUACGAAAAACAUUUACUCGUAUACAAAUGUGGCAUACAACGAACUGAGGUCAGAAACGAAACGGGUAGCCUAGCCUGUCAGCUAGCUUUUCUUAAAAACAUUCAUGUUACAUCGUCACAAAACUGCCGCUAUGCUGAGGAGCCUUGUUAGACUUCAGAGCCAUGUCGGAAGUAUCCUCUCUCCCAGUCAAAUGUGCCCAAGAAGUCAGCAAUUUCGCUUUGCUCUGAAUUACUCCUCAGCCACAGCAGAAAGAAGAAGAUUUUAUCAAGAUGUCAGUAUAUCCCAAGGGGAAGGUGGUUUAUAUGAGAUAAACCUAGACAGAAGAAAACUGAAAACACCAGGAGGGAAGCUGUUCACUGUGCCAAAUGAAGCCCUGGCUAUCGCCGUUGCAACCGAGUGGGACGCUCAAAGGGACACACUCAAGUUCUACACUAUGCACCUGAGUACGCUAUGCAACACAGCUCUGGACAAUCCCACCCAACGUAACAAGGACCAGAUGAUCAGUGCUGCCCUGAAGUUCCUGGACACUGACACUGUCUGUUACAGAGUCGAUGAGCCCCACAGUUUGGUUGAGCUACAGAAGAAUGAGUGGGACCCUGUGCUGCACUGGAUGGAAAACAGAUAUAAUGUCACUAUUGGCUCCUCGUCCAGUAUUUUGGGUCCUGAGAUCCCAAAGGCCACCAAAGACACUUUCCGGCAACACCUGAAUUCUUACACCUUCUGGUCCCUGACAGGGCUUGAGUAUGUGAUCACCCAGCUGAAGUCUGUUGUGCUGUCCAUGGGAAUGAUUGACAGACAUCUGACGGUGGAACAGGCCGUGCUGCUCUCCAGACUGGAGGAGGAAUACCAGAUUCAGCACUGGGGAAGCGUGGAGUGGGCCCAUGACUAUGACAUGUAUGAGCUGAGGGCACGGACGGCAGCCGGAGCUCUUUUGGUUCACCUCACAUCGGAGAGUUCGACUGUCAAACGCAAACUUAUGCAGGACUGAGAGGAAU